CUUUCUCUUUCGCUCUUUUUUCUUUUCUUUUCUUUUUUUAUUACGGUAUGAAUACAACAACAACAACAAGAGAAAUUAAUACGAUCCAAAAAGCUGAAUCCUUGAAUACUGUAACAGAAAAUGAAAAAAUCACUACAACUACUGGAGAAAUAGGUGAUGAAUUGACACCAGUAGAAAGUAAGUAGGAUGAAAUAAAUAAAUAAAAAAUAUUGAAACUAAUCAAAAAAAAAUUUUUUUUUGAUAAAAUAGAAACAAUGUCGAAUAAAGAUACCAUAUGUUCAAAUGAACAAACAAAAAACAUUGUUGUUGUUGAUGAUGAUUUUGAGGAUGGAGGAUAUGGUUGGUUUGUAGUAAUGGGUGCCUUUAUGGUUCAGGUUACUUCGUUUGGUGUAAUGCAAGAAUAUUAUCAAGAAAAUUACUUUGGAACAUCACAACAGCUUAAUCUUAGUUUUGUCGGAACUAUUGCUCUUAUUUUUACAAAUAUAUGUGGUCCUUUGGCUCAGAUCCUAACAUCUAUGUGGGGAUAUAGAAUUGUCAUGAUUAUUGGUACUUUAUGUGUUUCUUUGGGUUUGAUCUUGGCUGGUUUCUCUUCUCAAAUUUGGCAUCUAUAUUUGACUCAAGGCAUUUUAUUUGGAAUUGGUGCCUCAUUGAUGUAUUGUACAAUCAUGGGUGUGGCUCCAUUAUGGUUUAAUAGAAGACGAGGGAUUGCACUUGGUAUUACUGCUUCUGGAAGUGGUAUUGGUGGAUUGGUGAUUCCUUUUAUUAUGACCCCUAUCAAUGAAUCAUUAGGACCUGGAUGGACAUAUCGUAUUCUAGGAUUCAUUUGUUUGGCUUGUGAUUUGGUGGCAGUUAUACUCGUUCGCCCAAGAGUGCCUGUUCCUAGACAACGAAAGCGAUUGGGUGAUAUUAUUCAGUUAAAUGUAUUGAAAGACGGGAACUUUUUAUUAUUCUGUAUAGGAUCUAUGGUAGCUCUCCUUGGAUACUUUAUUCCAUACUUCUUUUUACCUUCCUAUGCUACACUUAUUGGAUUAUCAAAGCUUCAAGGAUCGGCUCUUGUCGCCGUAAGUUCGGCUUGUAAUUUCAUUGGUCGGAUUCUUGCUGGAUUAUGUGCUGAUCGGAUCGGCAAAGUGAACACCAAUAUCAUUUUUACAGUACUAGGUGGAUUAAGUAGCUUCCUUAUCUGGACAUUUGCAACCAACUAUGGCACACUGAUGGCUUAUUCCGUGGUAUUUGGUUUAUUUUGUGGAUCUUAUUUCGCUCUUUUAUCACCCAUCACGGCUCAACUUUUAGGAUUUGAACGUUUUCCCACAGGUUUAUCCACGAUGUUGAUCUCAAAUGUGGUAUCUGUCUUUGGUCCUAAUAUUGCUAGCGCUAUUGAAAAUGGUGUGAGUGCUCCUCCUUACUUUACAUACAAGAUGUUCUCAGGCGCUGCUUAUAUCACUGGUGCCCUUAUUUUAUGUAUCCUCAAGUUACGACUUAGUAGGAAUAUCUUUGCCAAAUUGUAAUAUAAUUACAUUUUAGAAUGUUGUAGUCUAGUACCUUUAUAUAUUAUAUUUAUACUCUUUUUUUAUAUAUACAUAUACAUUUUUGAUGAUGGUAAUGAUGGUGAUGUAAUAAAUUCCCUUUCUUUUUUUCUCAUGUCUCAAGUUCAAUUGUAUAUAUGAAUAAAUCUGUUGUAGAUCCUAUCCUUUUUUUUUUUUUUUUUUUUUUUUUUU